UUACGCGAUCCACUCCUAGCGGUGGUUUCGUGUUACUGAACAAUACAAGAGGCACAGUCGAGAGAGUGAUAGAGAGAGGGAAAAGGCAGGGAGGGAGAGAGAGAGAGAGAGAGAGAGAGAGAGACAGGGGGAGAUGAGCAUCUUGUUCCAAUGAAACACCAAGCAGUGUGACGAUGACAGCGAAAGGCAGACAUAAAGCGGUCCCCUUCCCCCUGGCCCACCGGCUGACCAUGAAGGAGGUGUUUGAUGCCGAGGGCCGGCCGCGGGUUGACCUGCUCAAAGCUCAUCUCACCAAGGAGGGCCGGCUGGAGGAGGCUGUGGCCCUGCGCAUCAUCGAUGAGGGUGCCGCCAUCUUGCGCCAGGAGCGCACUAUGUUGGACAUUGAGGCGCCAGUCACGGUGUGCGGAGACAUCCACGGCCAGUUCUUCGACCUGAUGAAGUUGUUUGAAGUGGGGGGCUCCCCUGCCAACACGCGCUACCUCUUCCUAGGGGACUAUGUGGACAGGGGCUACUUCAGCAUCGAGUGUGUGUUGUACCUGUGGUCACUGAAAAUCCUCUACCCAAAGACGCUCUUUCUUCUACGGGGAAACCAUGAAUGUAGACAUCUGACCGAAUAUUUCACCUUCAAACAAGAAUGUAAGAUCAAGUACUCGGAGCAGGUGUAUGACUCCUGCAUGGAGGCGUUUGAUUGCCUGCCCCUGGCAGCCCUGAUGAACCAGCAGUUCCUUUGUGUGCAUGGGGGGCUUUCACCAGAGAUCCACACGCUGGACGACAUCAAAAAGUUGGACCGGUUCAAGGAGCCCCCGGCGUUCGGGCCCAUGUGCGACCUGUUGUGGGCCGACCCCCUGGAAGACUUUGGCAACGAGAAGACCCAGGAGUAUUUUGGCCACAACACAGUCAGAGGCUGCUCCUAUUUCUACAGUUACCCAGCAGUGUGCGAGUUCCUUCAAACCAACAACCUGCUGUCAAUCAUCAGAGCGCAUGAAGCACAGGAUGCCGGGUACCGUAUGUACAGGAAGAGUCAGACUACAGGUUUUCCCUCCCUCAUCACCAUCUUCUCCGCUCCGAACUACCUGGAUGUCUACAACAACAAAGCGGCGGUGCUGAAGUAUGAGAACAAUGUGAUGAACAUCCGUCAGUUCAACUGUUCUCCUCAUCCCUACUGGCUGCCCAACUUCAUGGACGUCUUCACCUGGUCGUUGCCUUUCGUGGGAGAGAAGGUGACUGAGAUGCUGGUAAACGUGUUGAGCAUCUGCUCUGACGACGAACUCAUGAACGACGGAGAGGAGAUCUUCGACGCCAGUGCAGCAGCAGCAAGGAAAGAGGUGAUCAAAAACAAGAUCAGAGCCAUUGGGAAGAUGGCCAAAAUGUUCUCUGUUCUACGGGAGGAGAGUGAGAACGUGUUGACCCUGAAGGGACUGACUCCCACAGGCAUGCUGCCCAGCGGAGUGCUGUCCGGGGGCAAACAGACCCUACAGAGCGCUACCAUUGAGGCCAUAGAAGCCAUCGAGACAGUUAAGGACGCUGAAGCCAUCCGAGGCUUCUCCCCGCAGCAUCGGAUCAGCAGUUUCGAGGAGGCCAAAGGUCUGGACCGGAUCAACGAGAGGAUGCCGCCGCGGCGCGACGCCGUCAACAGCGUGGGCCUGUCAAUGGGCCGCAUGAACAUGGGCGAGCCCAACGGGACCGACAGCAACAGCAAUAUACAGUGAUGGACACACGCUCCCACAUGCCCGGACACACACCUGCAGUUACAACACUGACGUGGCUCCAUAUUUCUAGAUACCUGUACAUAGGCAUAUAUACACUCAUACACAGUAUUUCAUACACUUGAUAGGCUACAGACAACAUCACACAAACACACACACACGCACACACACACACACACACACUCACACUCACACAUACACACACACACACACACACACACACACACACACACACACACACACACAUACAUAUGCAAUCAGACACACAUGAUUACCUACAGUACCCCCCUCCCCAUUGCCCGCAGCUGUAUGUAAAGGCAUGAGCGUACCUGGACUUUACCACCAAAGGCUGAGGGCCUCUUCACGUACUGGCAUUGGCCCUAUUUAGAGAACUACAACUGCCAUGUGUCCGCACAACAACAGGAAGAGGACUACGAAAAAUGAUCCCCUGCGAAACAGGAGGAGCUGCAGGUCACCUCGUGUGUUGGGGAUCACCUGUGUAGGCAUGACGUGGCUGUGUCAGUGGUGUGUGUGUGUGUGUGUGUGUGUGUGUGUGUGUGUGUGUGUGUGUGUGUGCGCGCGUGCGUGCGUGUGUCAGGCGGGGUCAAGUGUUUGCACGUGGGGGUGGCGGGUUGGUUUGUGACGAUUGGGGGGGGGGGUGUUGAAGAUAUGUGUGUUUUUUUUUCCCUGUGUGCAUCCUAAAAUAUGAAGUGGGGCGGCAGCGAGAAAAAUGUGGAUGUGUGGUGUGGUGGCCUAUCUGGCGGCGUGAAAUAAUCUCAGCUGCGGUCUAACCUGAGCACCUUGCCGACCCAUUCUCUUCUCGGGAGGAGAUUCCCGUUUGCUUUUGUAGCACUGCACUGCACCCGUCCUCCGGCUGAAGUCAAGUGGAGGAUCCCACACACAAACACACAUCCCCAAAAAGCCAGGGGAAACCCCUGACGGGACCCGGAUCAGAUCCAAAGUGCCCCCCCCCCCCCCCCCCCCCCCCCCCCCCCCCCCCCCCCCCCCCCACCACCACCUGUCUCUGUGUAAAUAGGAUACGUAGAGAGGCUCUAUUGCACAUCUGAUGCAUAUGGUCGCAGGAUGCUCGAUGCAAUAUCGUGGAAUUAAGAAGCUUCGUGUGUGUGUGAGGGAGUAAGGGGGGAGGUGAAAUGUGAAGUCAUACUCUAUUCAUACUCUUUCUACAUCCUCCUUUCUUCCCUUGCUGCUGUCUGCUGCUAAACAGCAGCCGCGGCCGGGAAUCUCUGGCCUAAAAAGCAGGAAAUGAUAUUUCACAGAGGAAACGGACUCCUCCGGUGAAGGUAGCAGCCAAGACGAAAAAAAAGUCAGAGGAAAAGGUCUUUGUAAAGCAUUUAUAUUAACGCAUCAGUGCAUGCAGAGUUAAGUUCUUUGAUAAUAAUGUGAAGAUUAUAUUUGUGCUCUGUGUUUCACUAUGGUAGGACUUUUUUUUCUCUCUUGUUUUUUUCUGGUUAAUAUAAAUGAACUGAGGAAUAAUUUAUUAUUUAUUUUGUACAUAAUGUUAAUUUAUUUUUUGUAUUAAUUUUGUGUUAUCAAUUUUACUAUUCUUUCACGACCUGCGUUUCCGGUUUCUUUCGGCGCUGUACAGAGUGACAGUACGCUUCUACUCAAAAGUGUCAAGUCCACGUUCUCUCCUCUUCUUUGUCAAUGUACAGGAGUUGUUUUUAAAUGAUAAAUAUGAAUAACGAUUAAAACAAAUAUUCAACUAGCAUUGAUGACCAUACUAUAUACAGAGGCACAGGCAUUCAGGCAGCCCAAAGCAUGAUUGCAUGGUUAAAAUUUGCGCUGUUCAAAGCAAAAACGCAGCGAGACACAUUUUAACAGAGGAGCCCCGUGUGUUGCCGUCACAAUUUCAAAGGAAAAAAUGGUGUACUCUCUCUCUCUCUCUCUCUGAUCAUAAUUCUUGCUGAUUCCUCUUGUUAUUUGAUGAUAUUUAUGAUUCUCUGAUUAUUAUGAUUCUAUUUAUUAUGGACAUUAUUCUUAAUAUUUAAGCUCCCUCUCUCUCUCUCUACUGGUUGCUCUUCAUGUUCCGUUGCUCCUCGGUUGAUCUUGUUGUGCUUCUUUGGGAGAGGUGAACCCCCCUGGGAGACCCUGUGCCAUGGAAAUUGUGCCACGGUUCUUACUUUCUCUCUCUCUCUAUCUCUCUCUCUCUCUCUCUCUGAGUCUCUCUCUCUCUCUCUCUGAGUCUCUCUCUCUCUCUGAGUCUCUCUCUCUCUCUCUGAGUCUCUCUCUCUCUCUCUCUCUCUCUGCUCUUUCAGUUUUGACUCCCCCAGUCACUAACACUGUAAGCAUGCCCCAUGGGACGAUCCACUUUUUUACUCUUGAAUAAAAUAUGCAUGAACCUUU